UGCAAAAAGAAAUCUUGCAGGUGCAUAUAGAGGAGCCCACAAUUUAACCUAAAGAGUCGAUUGUGCGGCUUGUGGUACUUAACCUAAAAAGACUUGAUUGUGCGGCGAAGAGCGCCAGAUCUUAGAAUUUCAAAAUGGAUGAAGUCAUGAGAAAACUGAGAAACAGUGGUCCGUCUAGCUCUGGGGGAUCACGGCAACAGGAAACCACCCAAGCUCCGAUUUACUCUGCGGUCCUGCCACCAACAACCACCACCACCCCAACAUCUGCACCAAAUAAAUGGGAUAACGUAUUCAGGCACCUUAAGCCUGUAACAGUUCAGUUACCAGAGGAGUACGAAUGUCUUAAGACGUUUACCUUCGAAGGAGUGACUGGAACCGAUGACUUUCCGGAUGACAAACUCCGAGGACGAAAAGCCAUUCGACUGAUUCCGUUAGAAGACAACGAAGUUUGCCGACUUGGUAAGGAGCUUUUUCAGCGUAUUAAUUACUCUAUCUCACAAUAUCAUCUAGGUGUUAUUUUUCUUUUGGCCUUUCAACUCAAAACUGCUGGAGAUGGAAAAACGGAGAGAAUGUUCCCAGCCUUCGAUGAAUUAGGAAUUCCUGAAGAUAUCGAUUACUUCUUAGUAGAUCGAUCUGGACGGUCUGAUGGUGGUUAUGUAACAACUGUCCACGAAUCUGGAGAAAUAUAUGAAAAUGCUGCGGCUUAUUCAUUCUUGGCCUGUUCUAUCCUGAAAUAUUUUGUCCGAUCGGUUGAUAACUUUUCCAAUUCUCUCCAACACAUUCAAAGCGGUUUUCGUAAGUUUUAUGCUAGAGAUUUCCCUCUUGGAGCUAUCAAUAUUCGACGGGAUACCAUUUCUAUGAUUCAUAAUCAUUUCUCAAACUCUGAGCUUCUGAAAAACACUCUUUAUAGGUUUUUGUACAAUGCAAAUCAUAGAGGAAUGGUCUGUGAUAUACAGAGUUUUAUAUAUGAUAAGGAUUUAACCCACACCGGUAUUCAUGCGGUUCCCAUUGCCUUCACAAUCUGUGUAGCUUUGCAAUGUUCAGCAUAUGAACUCCUAGCAGCAAUAUACGCCAGAAGGUUUCAGCCUCAGAUAAAAGCCCUUUUAACUGCCUUCCAACUUCUUGUUGAAAAGGAAAGGCAUCGCAGACAAAUGUGGAAGUAUGCAAGGAUAUUUGAUCAUACCUUUCUCUUACCAUUACAAACCAUGAGAUACCCAAAAUUCACAUUCAUUCUUGCAUGUAUCUUGAAAAAUGAGAGCCCAGCUGUCUACCCUCGAAUCUUGGAAUUAAAGCAAUAUGAGGAAAUUCCUCAAAGGGACAGGGAGAGGUUGGAAACUGGAACAAGAUUGCACAUGACUGCUUUGAAGAAUUCUUUAGCAUUAAAAGAACGUUACGAUUUAAUGCCUAAAGUAUUGGAUUACUUGUAUAAUCCAAGUCAUAAUUUUCACUAAAAUACCCCUAGGUAGGGUAAGUAGGGAUGGUAGGGCUAAGUUGGGGAGGUAGGGUUAAGUAGGGAAAUGAAAACUAUUAGUCCUUUCUAGGUUUGUGAAUAAGGAAUGUGAAUAAGUAACUCUCUGGUAAUUGGUUGGUCAUGAAUGUACGUUUUAUACUAAAGAGGUCUGUUGAAUAGAAUUUGAUCAAUCCUUUGUUGUGGUUAAA